AUGUCCAGCACAAAGAGGAGUAAAUCCAGCGAUUCAGACGCGUAUGAGAGUAGCACCAGCGACCGCGAUGAGGCUGAGCGGGCAAACAAGAGACGAAAGACUACCCGUCCGGCCCCAAAGCGGAGCAAUGGAAACCCAGGAAGCGUGCAACAACUCUUGAGCGCCGAUGGUGCGCCGUCAGUACCCAUUGAGCCCUGUGCACUUCCUCAGCGUCAGCAUAUUCUGUCAUAUCACCGGCCUCUUCUGCUAGAUCGGCGACAUGGUCGCGACGCGCUUCUAAAGUGGUUCGACGGCACUUCUGCAACACGCGGAAUGCCAUGGAGGAAACCGUGGAUCGAUCCGAGUUCGGUUCCCGACCCCGCUGCACUGCGCGAGCAGCUAGAGCGGCGCGCCUACGAGGUCUGGAUCUCCGAAAUCAUGCUCCAGCAGACCCGGGUCGCAGUCGUUAUUGAUUACUGGAACCGCUGGAUGGAGAAAUGGCCGACGAUUCACGCCCUGGCGGCCGCGAGCCCCGACGACGUCUUGGCCAUGUGGCGAGGUCUUGGAUACUAUAGCCGCGCCACUCGGAUCCACGAGGCGGCGAAGCUUGUCUGUGGCGACUCGGUCAUGAAAGGCCUGCUCCCCAGUGACGUGGUCGAGCUGGAGAAGAAAGUGCCCGGUGUUGGCCGAUACACGGCUGGAGCAAUCACGGCCAUUGUGUUCGGAGAGGCGAGUCCAAUGGUUGAUGGAAAUGUACUCAGAGUGCUCAGCAGACAGAUGGGUGUGUUGGGAGACGUAAAAACCGACAAAGCGACGAUCGACUUGCUAUGGAGUAGCGCUGAUGCUCUUGUCAAAGCCGUCGCUAAUGAUACAGAGGUCGACGAAGAAGGAGAUGUGUCGAAAGACCGACCACGAACAAGCAACCGGCCAGGGCGAUGGGGUCAGGCUCUGAUGGAGCUGGGGAGUACAACUUGCACACCAAAGCCAAAUUGUGCGGCCUGUCCUAUCACGGCAUCGUGUCGUGCAUAUGGAGAAGGCCUGCAGUCUGCCACGAAGAAGGAGAAGUUGAAGCUCGAGACCCCGCCUGCUCCGACUGACAUCGAAGAUGUGUGUACAUACUGCAAACCCUUUGAAGAGUAUGCGGAAAUGGACGGAGAUGAGGAGGGGACCUCGACCAAAGUCCCUACAAAAUCCAAAGCAGGGACAAAUGCCAAAGAUGGAAAGAAGCAAUCGUCUCUAUCGUCCUUCUUUACAUCGCAGAAUGGGUCCAGCAAGACGAAACCAAAGACUGCUACACCUUCUACCGAGCCCGAUGCAGCCACCCUGGAGAAAAUCAGUAAUCACGCGCGCAAAUUCCCCGUCAAGACCAUCAAGAAGGCCGUCCGCGAGGAAGAGACUCUCGUUUGCGCGAUCCGGCGCAAAAGUGACGGGCAAUAUCUCAUCCAGAAACGACCAGAAAAGGGACUCUUGGCAGGCUUGUGGGAGUUUCCAUCACUUUUGUUGCCCGAGGCAAAGGAGACGACGACAAAAAGCAGAAAAGAGACCGCGACCAAGUUUGUUCAUGAGCUCGUGGGCAACGAGGUCAAGCAUGUUGGCGAGCUUGGCAGCAUACCGUGGCUGUUUUCUCAUAUCAAAUUAACAAUGCAUGUUCAUCUGUUUGUGCUCUCGGAUGAAAAGUCCGCUGACGCAGAGCUUGGUAAGAGAUCUCGGUGGAGCGAUGAUGUAGAUUCCGAGUCCAUGGGUACCGGAAUGAGAAAGUGCUGGACAAUGAUUCAAGAUAAUGAUACAUAA